AUGACCGCGUCGCCCGUCGCCACCACCACCUCGCUGAAGCCCCUCGCCUCCUCACCUCCUCCUCGUCCCGAGCCGAGGCCGUCGUUCCGGCGCCGCGCCCUUGACCCCGUCACCCCGCCGCACUCGUCGCCGGCGACCCGAACGCCGCCCCUUCCUCGUCCCCCUCUCCGAGCCCGCUGCCCAGACCCCACGAACGCCGGUGAGGCCCCCGGCCUCUUCUCUCCCCUCGUCCCCGUGCGCGCCCGCAGCCCAGCGCGACGUGGCUUGCCGCCCCGCCGAGGCCACGCCCUGGCCGCGCCCCUGCCGCAUCGGCCACGCCCGACGCGCGCACCCGCGCAUCGCCUCCCUCCCCGGCGCGCUCACCGCGCCCUGCCGCUGCUCUGCCUCGCCCCGUCACCGCCCGCAUGCGCCACCGCGGCGCCUCCCACCUUCGGCCGCCGCAGGCCCCGCCCCGCCGCACCUUGCUCGCCAGCGGCGCGCCUUGGCCGCGGCCACGCCUCGGGCGUGUGCUCGCGAGCCCUGGCGGGUUCGUCCCGCCCCGCCACCCGUUACGCCCGCUCCGCCGGGCCCUGUACCACUGACCAGUGGGUCCUCCCCCCUGUGUCAAUGACAGAUGGGGCCCACGCCCUUGGAACGCAAAAAAUAUAA